UGUGUGUGUGUGUGUGUUUAAAAACACUCCUCCUUUUCCUCCUCUAUAAUUUGGUGAUGACAUUCCAGCCUGUUCGCUGAAGUUCGCACACACUGGAGCAGUCUGGAGCAGUCUGGGAAUCUGCUGGAAAACACGGGAAAACUCAGUUUCUCAUCAUGCCAAACUGGGGUGGAGGAAACAAAUGUGGCGCCUGCCGCGGGACGGUGUACCACGCUGAAGAGGUCCAGUGUGACGGGAGGAGUUUUCACAAGUGCUGCUUCCUCUGCAUGGUCUGUAGGAAAGGGUUAGACAGCACCACGCUGGCCAUCCAUGACCAGGAAAUCUACUGCAAGUCCUGCUACGGUAAAAAGUACGGCCCGAAAGGAUACGGCUACGGUCAGGGAGCAGGAACGCUCAACAUGGACCGCGGUGAGAGACUGGGCAUCAAACCAGAAGAAACCCAAACUCACCGACCCACCACCAACCCAAACCCGUCCAAGUUCGCGCAGAAGUUCGGCGGCUCGGAGAAGUGUGCGCGCUGUGGAGAGUCUGUGUACGCCGCUGAGAAAGUGAUGAGCGCAGGGAAGCCGUGGCAUAAGAACUGCUUUCGCUGUGCCAAAUGUGGAAAGAGUUUGGAGUCGACCACUCAGACGGAGAAAGACGGAGAAAUCUACUGCAAAGCAUGUUAUGCAAAGAACUUCGGACCCAAAGGAUUUGGAUACGGUCAGGGAGCAGGAGCUCUGGUUCACGCUCAAUGAUAGUCAGGACUUUGUACAUUUCUUUACUAUUAUAAUACACUAAUUCAAAAGAAGAGGAUUGCAUAAAGAAAAGGACCAUUGAGUGUUAUAUUUUCAUGACAAUUAAACACAUUUAGUCUCCAGUUCUCAUUCCUCAAGUGCUGGAAAAAUGUCACAUCCAAUUUUCAAAAGAAAAAGUAAUUAUAUAUACAUAAACAAUGUCUCUAAGAAAUAAGGUUAAUUUUCUUUAUGCAUUUACACCAACAGGGUGUUAAUUGAUCAGAGGACCAGUUAUAUUUUCAUUGCAAUUAGGCAGAUUUCCUCCCAAAUUCUCACUACUAUACAUGUAAAUCAUUGAUUUUUUAAAAUUAUUUAUAUAUUAAAUAAUGUGAUAUUUAAUAUAAAUUAUUUAAUUUUAUAUACAAUUAUUUUAUAUAAAUACUUUUUUUUUUGUAAAACAACAAAGCUACAGCAUUACAGUAAUGAGAAUUUAGGAAAAUGUCAAAUUUUCCAAAAAAAUGGUCCCAUAAAAAAUUGGGUUAAUUUUCUUUAACCCUUCACAGAGUGUUAAUUGUUUAUAGAGAACCAUUAUAUGUUAUAUUUUCAUUACAAUUGAGCCCAAUUUCCCAAUUAUAAUUACCAUAAUGUAAAACAUUUUCAAAUAAAUUUAGAUUAAAAAAUAAUACAAUUAAGUAUUUGAUAUAAAUGUCACUAUCAUUCAAAUAAUGGUUCUAAAAAAAUAAGGUUAAUUUUCUUUAUGCAAAAUAUUCUUUUUUGAACCCUCUACUGGCGUUAGUCAUUGUACGAGCAUCUACAUUUAGGAAACAAACAUGUUGAAUGUAAAAUAAACCCUCGUUUCAGUGCAAUUUUGCUUCUGCAGUGUGGUGAUAUUGAAAACUAACGCACAGGCCUUUCACCUUCGAAUGUUUUAUUAAUAAAGCCAUUAAAAUUGAACCAUGCCCAAUAAGUUACAUCUGAAGCAGAGUAGGGUGACGUCCUGAUCUCAGCUGAGGCACUGGAGAUGAGCAUGUGCUUUUCACAUGGUGGGAAAACAGCCGGCCAAACCGUAAAGGCAGAGGAACAACAGAGUGAAUAUAUUCUCUAAAAACAGUGUCACAUGUAUGAAUGAAUGACCGUCACUGUGCCUAAUCCCAAUAUUACAGCACAGGGCCCAUCGACCACGUCUCCUUCUCUGGCAUUUACAGUUUGUACAUCCAGUGGUACAACAAACCCAGCAAUGAAACAUACAAAAGAAACCCUUUAGGCUGAAUAUUAAUCAACGAGAAUGGGACAUUCAGAUAUAAUACAUCUGCAGAGCUCCGAUCGACCGCAGAGCAUGAGGGACACGCAAGAACAAUACACACAUCGGGUUUAAAAUGUAAAAACAAACAGAAAAGAAUAAAAAAUAAAAUAAAAUAAAAUAAAAAACAAAAAACCCGGUUGCAAAUACUGAACAUUCACUAUUUACAGACGGGGCGUCUUUCGGAUGACAGGGUGAUCACUAUGUCCAGGCUUUACACAUGCAGUGGAGACUUGCAAGGUCAAAGGUCUAUACACAGCAGUGCCAGACGCCACUAAAAGCUACAGUCAUACACUUUGAUAAUAGUCGAUUUUUUUGUUUUUUCGCUUUUUGGUAAGAUAAAAAAAAAUUAGGAGCAGCUUCAACUAACACAGACGAAAAUAAAAAAACCAACGAAAGUCACUCACAGAAUAAUGAAUCUAGUUCGUUUAUGUACAGAUGCACAUUCUUUACAUCAGUUCAUCCUGUCAGCUGCUGCCAUGACAACGCCACACCAACAGGAAGAGGAAAUGGAGGAGAGCAAAAGGGGAGGAGCUUCCUCUUUUUACGUAAACAUGAAGAUCCCUCGGCGACGCUUCAGUAACGACGAACAAAACGAAAAAAGAUCAGUGCAUUGUAGGCAGAUGAAUAAUGUCGCUGCCACAAAAAAAAAAAAAAAAAGGCGGAAGGAGCCCCUCUGGUGCGUUAAACGGCAUCUUCCUUUAAGUUCAUACAGCUAUCAGAUCCACUUAAUGGCUAUUCAACAGCAUUUCAACUUUAAAUGUAUACACUUCCUAAAACUACUCAUACAUAAUAAAUAUAGACGUUCACAUACGAGUGUGUUAUGCCUUGUAAAUUCAAAGGAAACCUGGAUUAAUCUCAUAAACGCAUCAAGAACGUGUCCAGGUCACACUUCAUGUGUGAACAAAAAAUAAGUGUGCACAUAUAGGUGGGCAUAUAUAUGUAUAUGUGAAGACUGUUCUGCAUUGUUGUAACGUUAUAUUGAUGUAAAUUCAGCACAUUUCUCUUUCCCAGUGCUCAUUACCAUAAUGCGUUCAGGCGUUUUUGUUGUAAUUCUCAUUGCAAUACAGUAUUUUUGUUUUGUUUUGCAUUAAACAAUGGCUAUAAUACAAUGAUUUAAAAAAUAGCAUAAUUUAAAGGCAGUAUCAUAUAAAUACUUUGAUAUUUAAAUACAGCAAUGAGAGGUUUUUGUGCAUGAUGGUAAUGAGAAUUAUGGAGGAAAUGUAUUUAAUUUUCAUGAAAACAAUAAUAAAAUGCAAAAACAGGCUUCAUUUUCUCUAAACAAAAUAUAAUCUAAUAUUUUUUUCUUUUGAUUUUUGGGUGAAAUUAUGACCCAGCUUCAUUUUCUUGACACGUUUCGUAGGACUCACCCCACCUAAACUAUUAAACAUGCUGCAAAUGUAAAAACUGAAAUGAAGACAUGUAAAAUGACCUCAUGAUACCAUAAUUACUCUUCGAAAAACACUACAUAAAUAGGUUAAAAUAAAUAUGUUAAGUCACAUUAUUUAAACGGGGCAUCUCUCUAGUCGUAUGAAUGCAUGCCAAUAGGAUGCCUGUUUUGAUCUGAUUCACGAUCAGACGAAUCAAGGCAGCUUAAAGGAAUCGUUCACCUACCGUUAUUUACUAAUCAUCAUGUCGUUCCAAACAUAUGCGUAUUGCUUUCUCCGUAGAAAAAAAACAACACUUUCUACUCGUAUGGAAAAGAGCAGCCUGAACAUUCUGCUAAAUAUCUCAUAGGAAGUCAGUCACAUGGUUUUGAUGCGACAUGAGGAUGAAUAAAUACUAAUAAAAGUCUAAUUUUGGCCAGAACAAUUCCUUAAAACCACAAUCGCUAUAUCGCCUGAUGCUUUUGCUAUGCUAAUUCUCGUUCUUACACAGAGUUCCAGGUUGAACCAGGACUUGCGCAUGACGAAGAUCCGAUAUCACUUUAAAAGCAACAAAAAAGGGGUCACAGGAAGAAAACCAAGGUAAAACGAAAAGCAGUCGAUGUG